UCUUCGCCCCUCACCUUUCCCUUCUCCAUCCACACGUGCCAGUUGUGUAAGAGAAGUGAUUUGCAUUCCUUUGGGAAAGAUCCGCGGGUUUUGAAUGGACCAGAAAACAGAGGAGGAGACAGGAGGAGGAGGAAUCCGAAAGAUAUAAGAGGACUCCGCUUGCUGGACCCCCUUACUUUGCUUUGACACUCCCGAUUGUGUUGGCGAAGACGACACAAUUGAAGCCAUGAGGAACACACUGCUGCAAGUUUUGGCUGCGCUGGCAUGCACUCUGGCUGCAUGUGCAGAAGUCAUGCCUGUUAGUGAUUUCAGUCUGGAGAAGAUUGCAGGGAAGUGGUUCAUGACUGGAUUUGCCACCAACGCUCAGUGGUUUGUCAAUCACAAAGACUCUAUGAAGAUGGGAACUUCUAUGCUUGUGCCAACUGAAGGAGGAGACCUGGAUAUGUCUUACGCCAAUCUGAAUGCUGAUGGGACCUGCUGGAGAAUGACCCACCUGGCCAAGAAAACCGACACUCCCGGACGCUUCACCUUCCACAGCCAGGCUUGGAACAAUGACAACGACAUGCGUUUUGUGGAUGUUGUGUAUGAUGACUACGCUGUGAUUCACACCAUCAAGACGAAGGAGGGGACAUCUGAGAUUCUCAACAAGCUUUACAGUCGCACUCCUGAGGUCAGUGAAGUCCUGCAGCAAAAGUUCACUCAGUUCUCUCUGGACACUGGGAUCUUGGCUGACAACAUCGCUAUCCUCCCAAAGAAUGAGGAAUGCCCUGAAGCCUAGAGGAUGGCACGCGUUCUGCUCUCCAGAGAAGUCCCCUCACUGUGGUGUUUGCUGCUUCACCAAGCUCCUCACAAACUAUGAUCACUUCUGCAAACCAAAGACUCAGAGAUUUGCUUUUCUCCUCAGCUCAAUAGAAUCAUGCAAAAUAAACUCAAACCAGUAAACAGAAAAGAAGGUCUUUUUGUAACUGCUGAAAUUCUUUGUAGAGUGUUUCUCCUUUUAUAAAAUCAUCAAAAACUAUAAAUUAAAUGAUUAAAACAAUG